AAAUGGUAUGAUGAACUUGUUCCCAUGGUGAUGUGAACCUGCUCAUGGCAAAUAUAAAGUACUCGCCUCUGGAGGACCAGGAGAUUGCGAUAAAACACAAUCCCUCAAUCUUCUCCACCUCUAAAAUAUGCGGGUUUCUAUCAUGUAUCCUGGUGGCUGGUUGCGUGUGCGUUUCCAUAGCAAUAGCAAAACUUCUCACUGAAAACAAGUUUCUACAGAGCCCGUACACGAACUACACCAGCUCCUACUCAUUUGGUGUUGUGUCAGACUUUCAGCUGGACCUGAGUUCGGAGAAGUGCUGCAGUUACGAGACGGAGUAUAGUUGUCUCUGCUGUCCUAACACCCCCAAACUACUGAACGCUACCUUUGUCUCGUUUGUUAAGGUCCUCAGAAUGUAUGUAAACACAAAGUUUAUACUUUACUUGGGAAACAUCGCCAGUAAAAGUAAUCAGACCAUUCAGACUUACUCCUAUUUCAGUGAGUUUAUACGAGGGUCUGCAGUGAAUAUACCUGUCUAUCCAACACUAGGAAUAGACGACAGACCCGCACUUCAUUCUAAACUAUUUUAUGCUGAACUUUAUGCAACGUGGAUUGAUCUGAUCGACUGUUUUGGGUGUCCUUUAGCUGCAGAUGAUGACACUGUCAAAGAAACUAUUACUGCAGGCGGUUACUACGCUAUAUCCACUAACUAUGGUGCUAAGAUCAUAUCUCUAAAUACUAAUCUGUUUCUAAAGAAUGCGUCUUUUGAAGAGAAAGCCGAAGCUGAAGCCCAAAUUGUAUGGUUAGAGAAAGUUCUCCUGGCUUCCUCAUUCGAUUCAACAAAAGCCAAGGUGUUUACUCAGUUUCAGAUGCUGAUAGGGGGUUCAGCGCCAGGAUACAGUACAAAAGAGAUAUGGAGGAGAAAAGAAGGCUCCUCAGAUCCACUCAGAGCGGAAUGGGAUCCAGUCUUCUUCAGAAAGUUUACCAAUCUCAUGGUCACUCAUGUAUUCAGAUGGUCUGCAAUAUUUAUGGGAGGAGUAGAGUUUGAACUAGUACGACUACUUGAUAAACAGUACAUGUUUCAGAUGGUCUGCAAUAUUUAUGGGAGGAGUAGAGUUUGA